AUGUCCAAGCUGUUCUAUCCAUUGGCCAUUCUUGGUCCAGUGAUAAUCCGGGCAGAAGUUUUCGUCCAACAACUGUGGAAAGCGAACUUAGAUUGGGACGAACAGCUUCCCAUCGCACUCAACGGCGAGCGCAUGCAAUUGCACGGAUUCUGCGAUGAGUCUCAGCAUGCUUACGGAGCGUGCAUCUACAUUCGUAGCACUGGCAUGGAUGGUGCCAUCGCUUACCGUCUCCUUACCGCAAAAUCCCAAGUAGUUCCUAUUCAAACCCUGUCGAUUCCCCGCUUAGAGCUCAGCCCUGCAGUACUCCUGUCCCAGUUGUACCAAAAGGUAGUGUGCUGGCUGAACAUGACACCUGAGGCUUACUUUUGGUCUGACUCCACCAUCACUCUACACUGGUUGCACAAUUCACUGGGAAACUACAGCACGUUUGUGGCUAAUCUAGUCGAAUGA